CACUCCUCAUUUGGUCAUCGUCGCCGCUCUUGAAUUUACGUUGGUUCUUAUGCUAUCCCAGCGUUCAGCACGCAGUAACCGUUGCUGCAUGUUGCUGCUUCAGUUUGUCUACGUCGUUUGUGCUCUUUCUGGGACAAAGUACGGCGCGUUCCGCAAGCAGCGGACUUGCGGGACGCAUUCUGUGACUGGUGAACUCGCUACAGUUUUAGUUCUCACAACGCCGGGUCACGGAACAAGAUGCCCACGCGUGCGCUACUCACGAUUUGCGUUGGUGUGCGGAAAGGCCUUCUGUUUGAGCAGUCAAAGUCGUCGGUACGCUGAUCUGAGCCAAAAACAGGCUUCAUCGGGUGGAGCUGACUCCGGCUUGUCCGCGGCGACGGCGGCCUCCAAGCCUUCGGCUUCCUCAUCGGUAUCUUCUGGCGCCGCCGUGUCGUCCGCCCCAUCGUCGUCGUCGUCGGCGUCGUCUUCGUCUUCUCCGCAGAAUUCCUGGGUGCUGGAAGAGAUACGAGGCAUGAUGCAUGGCUUUGGCGACAGCCGCGAACCGCUUCCCGAGUCGGUUAAACUGGUGGAAGACAUCGUGACGCAGCAGAUCAAGUGUGUGUUUCAUCGGGCGGCCGAGGUAGCCACGCUUCGCGGCUCCAAAUCCGUGGCCAUCGAGGACAUCCUUUUCCUCAUGCGGAAGGACAAGGACAAACUGGGCCGCUUAGUUCGCUACCUGGAGCUGAAGUCCAUGCAGGGCUACAUUUACUCCAAGCUUCCUACAGAUGACGAUGAAGCUGCAGCAGUAGCUCUCGCUUCUGCGGAGUCAGCUGUGGCAGAUGUAAAAGCAGACGGUGCACCUCUGUUCAAGCGGACAAAGAUUUGCCGGGACUUCAUUUCAUUUAUUGAUCAAACAGGGGAGCUGGCAGACGUGUUCAACGAGUCUACAUUUGAUGAAGUCAGGCACGAAAGAGAAGUGAGAUUAGAGGCACACACGAGAACCAUGGACCAAACGCAAUACAUGGAGUACUGCGAAGCCAGAGCGUCAUCUUUUUGUAGGAAAAGCAAGACGGCACAGUUUCGAGAAUGGCUAAUGAAGGACAUUGAGAGCGACCUGAAACUAUCUCCUACUGUCUUGGACAUCUUCAGUUACUUGGCCUAUGAAACUGUAGCUCAGAUUGUAGAUUUAGCACUGCUGAUAAAGAAGGAAUCUAAGCAUGACCCGAGUGACCCUCUGUCUUGGUCGAUGCCUCCUUUGGUUGGAAACCCCGGGUUCCCCUCUACCCAGCUUUUUAGCUUCCAGGACAAGCCAUGGCUACAGAGUGGCGAUGGUACAACAUCAAAGAGUGGUGAAGGUAACAAAAAAGCCUUACUUCCAUCUGAGUGUAUCACGCCAGGUGAGAUCAGAGAAGCCAUGCAUAGAUAUAUGACUCGACGAGGGCCCAUGGCCUCCUUUGCAAAAUCCCAAAUUCAAGGAUCUUGCAAGCAUCUUCUUUGUUGCUAAGUUCAUUCUCAGGGUAGAAACAUUUGUCUGCAUUUCAAGAAUGCUGCUCAAACUGUCACCCCUUCUGCUCUUCACAAGGGUGUCGGACAUGCGGCGAGCCUUCACGACGUUUGGGCCAAGUGGAGGCAUGCGUUCUGUCGGGCUGCUUUCGCUUGACAAGGACUCAUUGAGAAGAAGAUCAUUCGCGGCAUUAAACCUGAGCCUAAGUCGGCUCUGCUGCGAGUCCAUCGAAAGUCGGCGAGCUGCUCGUGGUCUCUUGGUGGUGUUCUUGACAAAUGUGCCACUGAGGUCAAUGUCUCUGAGACGAGACAGCAGCCGUUCCUUUUUUUCUUGGUCCAUGCCCUGCAAAGUAAUUCAUGCAUCUAUUAUGUGUCCGUCUCAUCUGCAGUAAAUGACGCAGGUAGUAUUUUGAAAAGCUGUGUGCUUUACCUGCACUUUUUCAACGUCAGUUAAGUCUGGAGAUCUAUUUAUAUUUAUACACUUUGAAUGAUUAAACUUUGAAGUGAUUGACUGCAGUGAAAUCAGCAUGAAUAUGCUUAGCAACUUGUAUGACAUGCCUAAAUUGUUUAGCAUUUCGACACGUCAACCAACAAGUCGACGUCUUCAAUUUUAUGCCAGUAGCUAGCAAAAACUAGCUUAACUCAUUGAGGUAGAACAAGCAGUGGGAAAGGAGCAUUAUAAGCGGAAAACCUCACAGUGCAAACUUCUGUAUACCAUAACCUUGGAAGAAAUGCUGUUAUGCCAUGACAGUUUGUUUGUCUAAUGAUCUAGUAUGUCUUGUCAGUUUAUGGUUAGUUUGCUCUCUGAGUAUUCAUCAAAAUAAAGUGUCUUGUUUUAUGGAA